CUAACUCCUAAGCUUAUUUUAACCCUCUUAUCUUCAACCCUCCAACUUGCCUUUUUCUUCAAUAUGUUAGAGGCGAACACGGGGACAUCUCUAGAAACACAAAUCGUUCAGGGUCAACUAGGCGACACAAUUUCCGUUGGCUGUGACCAGGUGCCAAAUGAACUUCAACGAAAAGCUUGCAGGCUCACAUUAGACGACAACUUUGGUCUUUUCUUCCAGAAUUUUCUCGAACAACCAGGAACAUCUGUUGAAGAUUUCUGCAAAAGCAUGGGAUAUUGUUAA